AUGAAGUACCGAGUGCAUUGUCAUAUAGACCAGUCUUCUUACCAGACAGUGACUUUCAUACUCUUUCUGUUACUGCUAUUGCCUCAGUUACUGUGCAAUGUGCUAGUUGCUACAUGUAAGAUCAAUGACAGACGACCAAGAAAUCCCAAGUAUUUUCAGCCAGGAGACCUCAUCAUUGGUGGCAUUAUUUCAAUGUUCUACACAUUUGCCCACCCUGUCAACUUCAAUGAACAUCCUGCUGAUGAAAUCCUGGAUGACCUUGUCCAUUUCCUUGUAAGAUGGACCUAUCUUGCCUCAAUAGAGCUACUCUCCACACAAAGAAGAGUCAUCCCAAACUACAAAUGUGAUAUGCAGGAUAAUACAGUAGCAGUCAUUGGAGGCCCUAAUUCAAAUGUAUGUCUCUCCAUGGCAACUAUUCUCUCUUUCUACAAGCUGCCACAGAUUGGAUAUGGCUCUUCUCCAGUGAUGAAAGAUGAAAUACAACGAGUUCUCUUUCAGCAGAUGUUUCCCAACAAGGACCUCCAAUACAAUGGGAUUCUCCAGGUGCUGCUGUUUUUCAACUGGACCUGGAUUGGAGUGAUUUUUAUAUCAGGCGACAGUGGAGAAAGGUUUGUCCAGACUGUACUUCCCAUGUUUUCCCAAGAAGGUAUCUGCUUUGACUUCAUAGAAAUGCUGCCAUUCUUAUAUUUAAUCACCAGUAUAACAGACAUGAUGGCCAAGUGGAUUGAAGCAUGCAAUGUUGUGCUGAAUAGUACUGCAAAUGUGGUGCUAGUACAUGGAGAAAUUCACACCAUGAUAUUUUUGAGGAUGCUUCCACAGGUUUCAGAAGUUGAAGAUAUACCCAUGAGGACUAAAAGUAAAAUCUGGAUUAUGACAGCCCAGAUGGAAUUCACAUCCAUGCCUUUUCAAAGGAAGUGGGACAUAGACAUAAUCCAUGGUGCGAUCUCCUUUGCACCUCACUCAAAAGAGGUGUUGGGGUUUCAGAAAUUUCUUCAGAUGAGAACCCUUGCCUCAGAAAAAGAAGACGGCUUCAUCAGGGACUUCUGGCAACAGGCCUUUGGCUGUUUCCUCCCCACAUCCAUGACUGAGAACAAAGCUGAACCUGUCUGCUUUGGGAAGGAGAGGUUGGAAGACCUUCCUGGCUCUGUUUUUGAAAUGACUAUGAACAGCCACAGUUACAGCAUCUACAAUGCAGUCUAUGCUGUGGCACAUGCUUUGCAGUCCAUGCAUUCCUCCCAAUGGAAGCAUAAUACAAUAAUGGAGGGAAAGAGAUGGAAGUUUGUGAGUCAACAGCUGUGGCAGCUCCACAGGUAUCUGAGAAAUAUGUCCUUUAACAACAGUGCUAAUGAAAAGAUUUCAUUUGACAAAAAUGGGAGGAUAGAAGCUGGAUUUGACAUUAUCAAUUGGGUCACAUUCUCGAACCACUCCUUUCUUAGAGUCAAAGUUGGAAAGACUGAUUCAAUCACUGUCAGGGACAAAAUGUUAAGCAUUUUUGUGGAUACUAUUGUCUGGCCCAAAAUAUUUAACCAGACUCAACCACUUUCUCUGUGUACUCAGGAUUGUCAUUCUGGUUUUAGAAGAGCAGAGAAAGAAGGGAAGCCAUUUUGCUGCUAUGACUGCAUUUCUUGUCCUGAAGGGAAAAUUUCAAGACAGAAGGAUCUGUAUCACUGUCACCAAUGUCCAGAAGACCAUUAUCCAAACAAAGACAAGGAUGGGUGUCUUCCUAAAUAUAUCAGCUUCUUAAGUUAUGAAGACCCUCUGGGGAUCACUUUAGCCACUAUUGCCAUUUUUCUGUCUUCUAUCACAGCUUUGGUGUUUGGGGUCUUCAUAAAGUACAAGGACACUCCUCUAGUUAAAGCAAACAAUCAACACCUGACCUUUACUCUCCUAAUCUCUCUGCUGCUCUCCUUCCUUUGUGUUUUCCUCUUCGUUGGACAACCUAGGAAGAUGACGUGUCUUCUGCAACAACCUGCUUUUGGCCUUAUCUUCUCAGUAGCAGUUUCUUGUGUAUUGGCCAAAACCAUAAUUGUGGUUCUGUCUUUCAUGGCCACCAAACCAGGAUCCAGAAUGAGGAAAUGGCUGGGGAAAGGACUGGCUAAUGUUAUUCUUCUUUCCAGCUCCCUUAUACAAGGCAUUAUUUGUACCACGUGGCUGGCAACUUUCCCUCCAUUUCCAGAGUUAGACAUGCAGUCAAUGUCUGAGGAAAUAAUCCUGCAAUGUAAUGAAGGGUCAACUACAAUGUUUUAUUGCGUUGUGGGCUUUCUGGGCUUUCUAUCCCUUGUUAGUUUUACAGUAGCUUUCCUAGCCAGGAAGUUACCUGACAGCUUUAAUGAAGCCAAGUUUAUCACUUUUAGCAUGGUGAUCUUUUGCAGUAUUUGGUUGUCCUUUUUUCCAGCCUACCAGUCUACUAAAGGUAAAUACAUGGUGGCUGUGGAGAUGUUCUCCAUCUUGACUUCCAGUGCUGGGUUACUAGGCUGUAUCUUUUCCCCAAAAUGCUAUAUCAUUCUGAUGAGGCCUGAGCUGAAUAAUAAGCAUCAGCUAAUGAAGAGAAAUAAUCAAUGA